AUGGGGCGCGCAGAGGCUGGCAGUACAAAGGCCAUUUCAAAUCAGAUCAAGAGCAAAGGGCUCGGCAGGUUAAGAUGGUAUUGUCAAGCUUGUGAGCGACAAAUGCGAGAUGAAAAUGGCUUCAAGUGCCACGUUCAAAGCGAAGCGCAUGUUCGACAAAUGCUUCUCAUCGGCGAAGACCCCAAGAAACACAUCAAACAAUUCUCGAACGAAUUCAUGAAGAACUUUAUCGAUCUCCUCAAGACCACGCACGGAGAAAAGCAGGUCAAUGCAAACCACUUCUACCAGCAAGUUAUUGCCGACAAAACACACAUCCACAUGAACGCUACAGAAUGGAAGUCGCUAUCGGCCUUUGUCGCGCAUCUCGGCAGGAAUGGAAUUUGUCGGGUUGAGGACACGGAAAAGGGCCUGUUCAUCUCGUGGAUCGACAAGAGUCCGGAGACAUUGCGCCGGAGAGAGGCGAUCAUGAAGAAGGAAAGACAGGACAAAGGAGAUGAGGAACGUGAGCAGCGUCUCAUUCAAGAGCAGGUUGAGCGAGCGCAGCGCAACUUGCAACAACAGCAAAAGGAGGAAAAUGCAGAAGAGAGGUUGUUGCAGCGCGAACAAGGCGAGAAGGUCAAAUUGAACUUCGGUUUCAGCGCCAGCGCGAAGUCAAAACCGGACGCCGAAACUGCAUCACUCCAGGAGCCUGCGACUGCGAUCGCAACUACAGAAGCCUCUUCUGAUGGCAAAGAUUCUUCACCUGACACAGGCAAAGAUUCGACGAUUCCAGCUACUGCACCAGGUCCUGCGAAGAUAUCCAUGUCAUUUGGUGGUGCUCAGAAACCGAAAAAUGUCUUUGCUUCUGUACCGAAGAAGAACGCUCUGGCAGGCAAGAAAGGUCCUGUGAUGGCUCAACCAAGGAAAAUGACAGAGCAGGAAAGGAUUAUGAAAGCAGAGAUGGAAGCUGCAGAGCGCAAGCGUAGUCGGCCUGAUUCUGUUUUCAAUUCGAAACGGCCAAAACUUGUUUGA